UUGGGAGAGGAUUCUCGCUGCCGUCUGUCCAGUCUUCUGCCACUCUGUGCGUUGCUCUUUUGCUUUUCACUUGCCGUAGUGAGGAGAAGUGAAAGAGGGAUAGAGAGGGUUGAGAAGGGAACCGAGGAAAAACCCUACCUUGAAUUCGCGAAAUACUAGGAGUCGAUCUUCUGAUUCUUCUGGUUUCUUUGGAAAGAAGUGAAGUUUGUUGCAGUUGCUGCUAAGAGUUCAAACGUUUAUUGCAGCUUGACUCCCUGACAAAAAUCUUUACACAUGAGCUUGAAAAUCUUGUUCAUGAUUCUGGUAGAAAAUCUUCAAAGAAGUGCGUUUUCAAGAUAAAAGCAGUGCGUUCUAAUGGAUUUGAUGCUGCAAUUAUGAACUACAGAGGACCUUCAAAGUGCAGAUAACCCUCUUUGGCACUAAAUGUAGGUUAUACAAUAGUGUAGCUGAAAAUGGAGAAGGUUCUUGAAUCCAAGAGUGCCCCAGGGCAGGUCCUCUCUGAUGAUCAAGUACUAGUUAUUCAUGAAAAUGCUUUGAGCGAGCAAGAAGACACUCAUGUUUCAAAGAAAUACAAUGCACCAGAUAUGAAUAAACUCAUGAAGCCAUGGAAAGGGAAAGGCUCUUUCCACGGAAAAAAGGAGCUGUUGCCUGUUUUACACAGUUCAAAGAGCAGUGAUUCUUACGAAGAAGUGGGGAAUACUUCUUUCUCUGGAGCAAGCCAUCCCCCAGAACCAGUAGACAUGGAUCUUAUGAAGACAGUAUAUGUAAACAUCGAUGAAAACAAGCCGGAGACAAGGUGCUUGAUGAAGGGUCUACCUGUUAAAGGCCCUUUUAUAGAAGACCUUUCAAUUCAUGUUCCUGGAAUAAAACCUACUCCUUCCCUUUCUCCCAUAGAGAGCUUGGUUGAGGAACCUAGAGCAUCAGCUACUCCAUCAUCCCCAUUCUCCAUUGAUCAAGCUUCACAGAGUAUGGAGAACACAUACUUGCCUCAGGAUUCAGAAGAGAAGGAAUGUGUAUGGGAUGCCUCUCUUCCUCCCAGCGGCAAUGUCAGCCCCCAUAGUAGCAUCGACAGCACUGGCAUUGUAACUGCAAUGAGUGUCGUGAAUAGUUGCACUAGCACUUAUAGGAGUGAGGGGAUUACGAGUGAUGGCAUGCUUAGUGUGGAAAGGAAUUGUGAGAGUACAAAGGCAAGUGUUAGAGGAGAUUCACUUGAGAGUGAGAAAACAAGCAUGAGCAGAGCAAGCGACAGCAGUGGGCUUAGCGAUGAUAGCAAUUGGAGCAAUAUGACUGGGAGCGGUAAUAAGCCUCACAAGGGAAAUGAUCCGAGAUGGAAGGCUAUUCUUGCCGUUCGGUCUCGUGAUGGCGUGUUAGGGAUGAGCCAUUUUAGGUUGCUGAAACGGCUGGGAUGCGGUGACAUUGGUAGUGUUUACCUUUCGGAGUUGAGUGGGACAAGAUGUUAUUUUGCAAUGAAAGUGAUGGACAAAGCCUCGCUUGCUAGCCGGAAGAAGUUGACGAGGGCUCAGACAGAAAGGGAGAUUCUUCAGCUUUUGGAUCAUCCUUUUCUACCGACCUUGUAUACACAUUUUGAGACUGAUAGGUUUUCAUGUCUGGUCAUGGAAUUCUGUCCAGGUGGUGAUUUGCACACCUUAAGACAACGACAGCCGGGGAAACACUUCUCUGAGUAUGCUGCCAGGUUUUAUGCAGCAGAAGUAUUACUAGCACUCGAGUAUCUACACAUGCUUGGAGUAGUUUACCGAGAUCUAAAGCCCGAAAACGUUCUUGUUCGUGAUGACGGCCACAUAAUGCUUUCAGACUUCGAUCUAUCCUUAAGAUGCGUCGUUUCACCGACGCUCGUAAAGACAUCAUUCGACUUUGAUCCUUCGAAGCGCGGAGGCAGCUCAUUCUGCGUCCAACCAUCCUGCAUGGAGCCGUCAGCCGUCUGCAUCCAGCCCGCCUGCUUCAUGCCCCGCCUCUUUCUUCAAAAGAACAAGAAGACAACCACCAAAACAAGAGCCGAGUCCGGAGCACCGGCUAACAGAUCCAACACCCUUCCUGAGCUUAUUGCAGAGCCAACUUCCGCCCGCUCCAUGUCCUUCGUAGGAACCCAUGAGUACCUUGCCCCCGAGAUCAUCAAGGGCGAGGGACAUGGCAGCGCUGUUGAUUGGUGGACCUUUGGCAUCUUUCUCCACGAGCUUCUCUACGGAAAGACUCCAUUCAAAGGGUCUGGAAACCGGGCGACUUUGUUCAAUGUGGUCGGGCAGCAGCUUCGGUUCCCGGAAUCGCCAUCGACGAGCUACGCGAGUAGAGACCUGAUAAGGGGAUUGCUCGUGAAGGAGCCGCAACUUCGGUUCGGGGUGAAGAGGGGUGCAACAGAGAUCAAGCAGCAUCCUUUCUUUGAGGGCGUGAAUUGGGCGCUGAUACGAUGCAGCACUCCGCCGGAGGUGCCGAGGCCGGUGGAGGCGGAGUUGCCAAUGAAGUUUGGGACGACGGAGGGGAUGGGCGGCAACAAUAAGAGAAUGGUGGGGAAUGCUGACGUGAAGUCUGGGGGCAAGUAUCUGGACUUCGAAUUCUUCUGAUAAAACUGAUGCCUUUUCUCACCGGUGUUAAUUAGCCGUUCUGAUUCCUUGAUUGCUGUUUCUGCAUAACGAUUUGUCAAGUUUGAGAAGGUCAUUGGCUUGGUGUGUUGAGAGAAUCAAGAUAACUAUUCCCUGUAACCCCAUUUAGUAAUUAGAAUUAGUUCAAGAAACUUGGUCAGAUUUGAUUCUUAGUUAUAGCGGAGAAAUUAAUUCUAGUCAUCCUUGGACUCUUGAGCAUGAGUUGUGUCAGAUUUAGAUGAGGCUUUGUUAUCUAUGUGCUUUGU